AUGGAAGAAGAACAGGAAAAUAUUUUCAUUGAUAAGUUUCAUGCUCAGUUCAUGAUGAAAAAGAUGGAGGAGUAUUUUGAUAGCCAGAUACUGUGUGAUGUUGUGAUAGUAGUUGGAGAUCUCCUAAUCAAAGCCCACAGACUGGUUCUUAGUUCAUCAUCUGACUAUUUUGCAGCCAUGUUUACCAGUGAUGUGCUGGAGGCCACCCAAGAAGAAAUAGUUAUGAAGGAAGUUGACCCAGAGUCAUUGCAUACCCUCAUCAAAUACAUGUAUCAUGGUAGUUUAGACAUUCGAGAAGAAACAGUAGAAAAUCUCUUAUGCACUGCUUGUUUAUUGCAGUUAUCAGGUGUGGUGAACGCCUGUUCGAACUUCCUCGAGAAACAACUGCACCCUUCAAACUGCAUUGGCAUCAGGCAGUUUGCUGACACAAGGGGCUGCAGUAACUUGUUCAGAGUCUCGAAUGAUUACGUCAUCGAGAACUUUGAGAAGAUCAUAAACAAUCAAGAGUUCGUGCACCUUCCUCCGGAUGAUCUCAGCCAGUUGUUGUCGGAUGAAAAUUUGAACGUGUCAGACGAAACUGUCGUCUUCCACGCUCUUGUCCACUGGGCCAACCAUGAUGUCCAGGCAAGGAAACAUGCACUUGGAAAGUUGCUGGCAUGUGUUAAGUUGCCUCUGCUAUCUCCACAGUUUCUGGCCGACCACGUGGAGAUGAACCGACUCUUCAAAGAUGACCCCGUAUGCCAGGAAUUGAUAUUCGAAGCCAUGAAGUACCACCUGCUGCCAGAGAGAAGGGUGGCCAUGCAAAGUUCAAGAACGAAACCUCGAAAAUCUACAGUUGGCACUUUGUAUGCUGUUGGCGGAAUGGAUUGUUCUAGAGGUGCCAUCAGCAUAGAGAAGUACGACCUUCGAACAGAUACGUGGGUUGAGUUUGCCAACAUGAACGGCCGGCGUCUGCAGUUCGGGCUGGCCAUAAUAGAUGAUUGUCUGUACGUGGUUGGGGGGAGAGAUGGCCUCAAAACGUUGGACAUCGUCGAGUGCUUCGAUCCCGUCAGGAAGACAUGGUCCCUGGUCAUGCCGAUGGGGACGCACAGGCACGGAUUGGGUGUGGCAGUAUUGGAAGGGCCGAUGUAUGCAGUGGGCGGGCACGAUGGGUGGUCCUACCUGAAUACCGUUGAGAGGUGGGACCCCCAAGCCAAACAAUGGUGCUACGUCGCUUCCAUGUCCACACAGAGAAGUACUGUCGGAGUGGCUGUCCUCGCCAACAAAUUAUAUGCAGUCGGUGGCAGAGAUGGCAGUAGCUGUUUGAGGUCAGUUGAAAGUUUCGACCCACACACAAACAAAUGGACCCUCUGCUCCCCCAUGAGCAAAAGGAGAGGGGGUGUUGGUGUGGCCGCCUGUAAUGGCUUCCUCUAUGCUGUUGGUGGGCACGAUGCACCUGCCAGCAACCCCAAGUCCAGUAGAUUUGAUUGUGUCGAAAGGUACGACCCGAAAACUGACCAGUGGACUUUGGUGGCCCCUAUAAGCUCGCCCAGAGAUACGGUGGCAGUCUGUUUGUUGGGUGACAAGUUGUUUGCAGUCGGCGGUUUUGACGGCCAGCAAUACCUCACCGAUGUCGAAAGUUAUGACCCUCAGCUCAACAUCUGGACUACGGUGAAGCCGCUCUGCACGGGGCGAGCAGGGGCUUGCGUGGUCCACCCUACGAACAAAACCUCCCCGAAACCCCCUCUUGUAAUAGGUGGUCACACGUGCGUCAGCUGA